AUGGAGAACUUGUUGGGUCUGCUGAGAAUUAAUGUUCAAAAAGGUGUCAAUCUCGCUGUCAGGGAUGUUGUGAGCAGCGACCCUUAUGUUGUCAUCAAAAUGGGCAAGCAGAAGCUGAAGACUCGGGUGAUCAAGAAGAAUCUAAAUCCUGAAUGGAAUGAUGAGUUGACCUUGUCUAUUACAGACCCUCAUGCUCCAAUCCAUCUACGUGUGUAUGACAAGGACACAUUCAGCUUGGACGACAAAAUGGGGGAUGCUGACUUUGUCAUAGGUCCAUUCGUCGAAGCAGUGAAGAUGCACUUGGAAGGUCUCCCCAACAAUACUAUAGUUACAAAAGUGUUGCCUAGCAGACAAAACUGCUUAGCCGAAGAGAGUCACAUUGUCUGGAAGGAUGGCAAAGUUGUGCAAAACAUGGUUCUUAGACUAAGAAAUGUUGAGUGUGGGGAGGUGGAGCUCCAGUUGACUUGGAUUGACAUUCCUGGUUCAAGGCAUCUCUAG